UGGUCUUCCUGCCUGCCCUGUGUCGGAAGAUGGGGGUCCCCUACUGCAUCAUCAAGGGAAAAGCCAGGCUGGGACGACUGGUCCACAGGAAAACAUGUACCACCAUUGCCUUCCCACAGGUUAACUUGGAAGACAAGGGUUCUCUGGCUAAGCUGGUGGAAGCUAUUAGAACCAAUUACAAUGACAGAUCUGAUGAGAUCCGACGCCACUGGGGAGGCAAUGUCCUGGCUCGAAUUGCCAAGCUGGAAAAGGCAAAGGCUAAAGAACUCACUACUAAACUGGGUUAAAUGUACACUCACCGC